CGCCGCCCGGCUCUGCUCGGCUCCUCUCGACUAGCCAACGGCCCAGGCCAGCGCCACGCGCCUCCUCAGGGCCCGCGGACGGCCGGACGGAAGAACGAGGCUCCUGGGCUGGGCUGCUGCGGAGCCCGACGCAGGCGGACGGGCCGCGCCGAGGCGAACGGGAGCAGGAGCACGAGUGGGAGCGGGAGGAACGAGAAGAGCAGACGCUGGAGCAGUAGCAGGAGACGGAGCACAUAGUCAAUUUUUGAGUAUGUGCCAUAUACCACUGAGAAAAAAUUUAUUUUCCUCUUUGGAUAGGAAUUUUGCAGAAUCAUCAAGUAAAUAACAUCUUUUAGAACUCUGAAGUUCUUAAAGACAAUUUCAACCAAAGAUCAUGCAAGAUCAGAAGCUACCUUGUGUUUUGAUAAGUGGUUUUGAAGGACCAUAUGGUGUGAAUGAAGAUCAUGUAGGAGAUCUUAAGAAACAUUUUAAUCUUGUUACUGUGCAAGAAUUUCUUGAUAACAAAACACAUUUCAGUCAAAAGAUACAAGCACUAUACUUAUGGGGAGGGAAACCGCAUAUUGACCAGGAGCUCCUGCAGAGCUUACCUGCCUUGAAGAUUAUUGUAAACUCAGGAGCAGGCCUGGAUCAUCUGGACCUGAACAUGAUUGCAAGCUUUGGUGUGAAAUUGGCCAACACUCCACAUGCUGUUACUAACAGCACUGCCGAUAUGGGAAUGGCCUUACUUUUGGCGUCAGCCCGCAGGUUAUCAGAAGGGCAUGAGAUAGCUACUUCACCAGACAUUAAGCAUUUUUCUAUCAAUUGGAUGGGACAAGAAGUGACUGGAUCUACUCUGGGAAUCAUAGGUAUGGGCAACAUUGGCUAUAAGAUUGCUCAGCGAGCCAAAGCAUUCGAAAUGAAGAUUCUGUAUCACAAUAGGAACCGCAGGAAGGUGGAAGAGGAACAGGCAGUUGGGGCCCAUUACUGUGAAAAAUUGGAUGAGCUGCUGCAGCAAUCAGACUUUGUAAUGCUGGUUGUCAAUCUGACACCCCAGACUCAUAAGUUGAUUGGGAAAAGAGAACUAGAACUAAUGAAACCUACAGCUUCUCUUAUAAACAUUGGCAGAGGUCAAUUGGUUGAUCAAGAUGCGCUGGUUGAAGCUCUUCAAACUGGGAUUAUUAAAGCUGCAGCACUGGAUGUGACUCACCCUGAACCUCUGCCAAGAUCUCAUCCUUUGUUAAAGCUAAAGAAUGUUAUUUUAACACCUCAUAUUGGAAGCGCAACUCAUCAAAGUCGACGUCUCAUGAUGGAAAAUAUGGUUGAAAGCCUUCUGGCUGCUCUCAGUGGCCUUCCUAUUCCUAAUGAAGUACAUCUCAAAUGAUUUGUUUGGAUGGAAAGUUCAUAAUGAUGAAAACUUGACAGCUUAAAUGACAAAAGCUUAUUUUUACUUUGCAUUCUUUAUAUAUGCUAGUACUUCUCUUCAUGAAAUUAAAAACUCAUAGAUUUUCACUUUAUUAUGUUUGAAGGGCUAACAAAGAAUAUGUAUUCCCAAGAAGCCUUCAGAGUCUAACACUGCACUGAAUAUAACAUAGUUAUGUAUCUUUGGUAGUCUUGUCUGUUAUUUUCUUUCUCUGUGGAGUUCACAGUAUUCAAAACUUACCUAACAAAAAAUUAACAAUAUAUAAGCAAACAUGGUAGAUAAGGCAAGAAAGAAACACACUGAUCUGGAUAGGGGAAGGAGCAAUGAAACCAAAAAUUGGAAGGAAAUGCAAAAACAUUUGAUAAGCAUUGACUAGUUCAGGCCAGCUUCUAAACAGAAUUGUAGAGUAGAACGCGUUAUUUUUCCAAACCUAUUUCUGCCUUACAUCCUCUUUUUCAUUCACCCUGCAGCUCAUAGCCCUCGUUUUGCCCUUUGGCUAUUGUAGAUGCCCCUGAAAUUGUAUAAUGAAAAUAAUUAUGUUAACUUAGCAUCAGUGACUCCAUUUUAAGUCUCUAUUUUGUGAUUGAGAUGUUUUGAAUAAGUAGUUUUGCUAUUAGAAAUACUUUUCUGUACUGUAGGUUGUUAUUCAAUAAGAAGAUGAAUAUUUACAUGAUAUAGUUUGAUCAACAACAUUUGUGUUUCCAAACAACUAAUAAACAAUAUGUAAACCUUCAGAUAUGAAAAACCACUAAUAAAAAUAUUUUAACCUAUUGUAUCAUUUAA